GCGCGGCGCUGUCUUUCCCCCUCCUCCCCGGGUACAGUGGAUGUGGGAGGGAAAUCCUGUGGGAAACGGAGGGAUUCAGAGGCUAAUCGAUGACCCCCCUCCUCCUCUUCUCUCCUUCUCGUCCUCCGCGCCCCCACAAUUGAAAUUGAAGUCCAAGUGACUGACGGAAAGUAAUAGACUAUUAUUGGAAGUUUGAUCAGAGCUGCUUCGGGAGAUUAUUUGUUUAAGCAGGCGGCUCUCUGACUGCCUAUGUGAUUGGCCCGAAUAUCCAAACUUGUUUCCGUCUAUGUGUGAGAGACAGCGCGGGGAUCCGAGGUUGGGACUAUGGAGGGGAAAGAGGCCAGUUUUUCUGACCGCUAUGAGCCGGUGGCCGAGAUCGGGGAAGGGGCGUACGGCAAGGUUUACAAGGCCAGAGACAGGGACAACGAAGGUCGCUUCGUGGCUCUGAAGAAAGUGCGAGUUCAGACCGGGGAAGAAGGGAUGCCUCUCUCCACCAUCCGGGAGGUGGCUGUACUGAGGCAACUGGAGUCCUUUGAGCAUCCCAACGUGGUCAGGUUGUUUGAUGUAUGCACUGUGUCUCGAACAGACCGAGAGACAAAAUUGACUCUUGUUUUCGAACAUGUUGAUCAAGAUUUGACUACCUAUUUGGAGAAAGUCCCAGCGCCAGGAGUACCCCCAGAAACAAUUAAGGAUAUGAUGUUUCAGCUGCUUCGUGGACUAGACUUCCUUCAUUCACAUCGUGUGGUUCAUCGAGACUUGAAGCCCCAAAAUAUUCUUGUAACCAGCAGUGGCCAAAUCAAGCUGGCUGAUUUUGGCUUGGCACGCAUUUAUAGUUUUCAGAUGGCACUUACCUCAGUGGUUGUCACUUUGUGGUACCGGGCACCAGAAGUUCUGCUGCAGUCUAGUUAUGCUACGCCUGUUGACCUAUGGAGUGUUGGCUGCAUAUUUGCAGAAAUGUUCCGUCGAAGUGCCCUUUUCCGUGGUAAUUCAGAUAUUGAUCAAUUAGGAAAAAUUUUUGACGUACUUGGUCUUCCAAAUGAGGACGAUUGGCCUCGUGACGUGGCCCUACCAAGAGAUGCAUUUUCGACAAGAUCUCCACAACCAAUACAGGAUUUAGUACCAGAAAUAAAUGAACCAGGGAAAGACCUGCUGCUGAAAUUUCUAACGUUUAACCCAGAGAAGAGAAUAUCUGCUUUCAGUGCACUGUCCCAUCAAUAUUUUAUGGACCAUGAGAAAUACACUGAGAAUCAGAACUUGUGUUCAUCUCCAAACCAAUCGUCUUCAGAGGGGAACACAGCUUAAAAUCUACCGAUAGUGGACAAGGCUCCGAGAUGUGCUGAUUGGUUUUUUUAGCGUAUUUUUAUUUGUCAAGCAUUGAAUUCUUGAUCAGACAUUCUUGCAAAGAUUACUUGACAAAUCAAGUAUUUUACAAUAUGACACAAUCUCAUCCAUAUGCUGCUUCUGAAACGUGUCCUACUUGUGCUUUCUUGAUUUUAAUAGCCCAGUGGAGGUUUACUCUGAAUGAAACAAUGCAAAAACUAUUGCAGCUCCCCCACCACUCCCUCCCCCAGGAAAUUUCUGGACUCAGUUAGCUGCUGUCUAUUCACAAAUGCUGCAAAAUCUUGUUAUCCAAAUGUGGAGUGCUGCAAAUGUGAAAUAUUUGGAAGAUGGAAUAAAGUCACUGCCAAACCUACCGAAUAAAGUCACUGCCAAACCUGCCAGUUUUUUUUUCCAGCUGCUAAGGCCAGAAUUCAACAUUAAAGCAAAGUACAUACUAAAUCUGCUAACUGACGAAUGUAGUUACUAAAUGUUGUUUGAAAAAUACACCAUUAAAAGUGAAAUGUAUUUCUUCAGCCAUCGUCCAUGGUGCUGUGAACAUUUGGAUAUCAAGAAUCUUCUGUAUCAACAAAUGUGGAAAGAAGAAUCCACUGAAGAGGUUGCUUAUGUGCUUUUUACACAGCUUGUUUGCUGUGGCAUUAGCAGUAACAAAAGAUUUUAAAAGCAAAGUCAAAAUUUAAAGAACUGCUACAUGUUUUUCAAACAAAGAAAGAUUUUAGAAAAAUCAAGACUACUUUUUUGCAUUUAUAAAAGUUGCUUGUUUUAGAUGGUAUUUUUAUAUAUGCUGCAACAGAAGACAAAGCAGAGCUACGGUGAAUUUGGAAUAUAUAUGUUUAGAAUUAUAAAAUGCUUAACACAUAUCAGUAUGUUUAAAUGCAAAGUGAAGAAGCUAGUGAAUGGAUCACAUCAAUUUUCAGUUUGUGAUGCUUUUCGAAUCUCACAGGAACACUCCUCAUACCUUGUAUCUUCGGAACUUUACGAUGAAGACGCAUGUGUUCAAUUUGGGGUUGCCACCAUUUGCCGAAUCUAAAACCUGAUAGUCAUGUUUUAGGGGCAGAGUUAGCGUGAUGUGAUCCUUGUUCUUUUGUUGACGAAAUUCAAUGGAAACUUGAAUAGGCUUGGUAACUGAUUCUUGCAUAUAAAAACACAGAAUUAUAAUGAAAAAAUGAAUUUCUGUGUAAAAAUCUGACUUUUUGUCACAAGUUUACAUUUUGUAAAUUGCCAGAAACUCCACUGUUAAAGCAGACUGUCUGGGGCAAACUGGAUGGGUGGCAUCACUAGUCAAACUGCAAUGUUACAGAUGAGUGGAUAAGUACCCCAUCAUAGAUGAAUCAUUGUGGUGUGAUACAGCACUGAUUAAAUGAUCUAGUCCAAUGCAUAUUAGUAUCUUCCUUAUAAACUGUACUGUAGCAGUUGUGCUCAAGUAGAAAACUAUCUGCUUCGGAUGACUCUGAUAAUAUAGAUUUAUAAUCAAAGUGCUUGUAUUUAGGAUAUAAACCUGGAUGAAUGUUGAAGCAAAUUAAGAAACUAUUUCAUAUAGUAGCUAAUAUUUGUAUUUGCCUUUAAGACAGUCAUACUUUAGUAAGGUAUCAUUAAUGGAUGGCCUUAUGAACUGUGUAUUAUAAAAUGGUGCAAGAAAAUAAGUAACAUCCAUUAUAAAUCAAAACUUUGCAGUUUACAAAAACUAAAGCAUGGUGAGAAGGGUAUAUUUACUUCGAUAAUUUAUUAUGAAUAAAGAGGGUUUAACAUGUUAAAGUAACACAAUAUUGCAAGGGACUUUUACAUAAAACAAGUUGUGUUACUAGUCUUGGUGUUUUAAUGAUUGAUGAAAAGCAAACUGAUAAAAUACUGAUUAGAAUGCGUAUUAGGAUAGAGUUCGGUGUUGAUGAGGUACAUCUCUAACCUCAACAACUAUAAUAUGAAUAUAUGUUCAGGCUCGUAUUAGUGCAAACGAAUAUUGUGCACAAAUUCAAUCUGUAAAUACUGCUCAAAAAUACAUAAAAUAAAGGGGAUAAUUUUUUAA